AAUCUUAAGGUCAAACAUAACCCCACAUUUUUCUCUCUCUCUCUCUUUCCUUUCUCUCUCCUCUCUCUAACCCAACACCAUUUUGACUCACACAUAACCUUUUCAUAAUUUUUUUUCUCUUUCUUUUUUUCAUUUUCAUAAUAAUAAUUUACCUGAAAUAGAAAAAUAAUUAAUCUCUCUCUCCCUCGCUCUCUCUCUCUUUCUCUCCCUUUGAUCCAUGGAGGUGGAAGAGGAACUUGAACAGAACCCAGAAGAAAUUUGAUUCCUUUCAUAUAGAUUUAGACACCCAUUUGGCUAAAAAGUUCAAUGCGGUAUUUGAAAAGAUUAAUAAAAAAAUGAGAUUCAAAGGGUCAUCAUAGUGAUUGUUGGAUCUGAUGGUGGGUUUUGUGAAACAAUGUCAAAGGAAAAUAGUUUGUAUUGAUGAUGAUGUAUUUUCAUGUGUGAGUUGUUGUAGAGUGUUGUUGUCGGUGGCAACGACAAAGUGGUGGUGCAAUUGCAUCAUAAACGACGAUGCAGCUUCAGUUCUCGCCUAGCAUGAGAAGCAUCACGAUAUCAAGCAACAAUGGGUUUAUUGACUUGAUGAAGAUCAAGGUCGCAGCUUGUCACAUUUCUUAUCGAACCCUUUUCCAUACUAUCCUCAUCCUUGCUUUUUUGUUGCCUUUUGUCUUCAUUCUCACUGCUGUUGUUACCCUUGAAGGUGUCAACAAGUGUUCCUCAUUUGAUUGUUUAGGUAGGCGAUUAGGACCAAGGCUACUUGGCAGGGUCGACGAUUCAACGCAGAGAUUAGUUAGAGAUUUUUACAAGAUACUCAACGAAGUGAAGACUGGGGAAAUUCCGCCUGGUUUAAAGCUUCCAAAUUCAUUUGAUCAAAUGGUUUCUGAUAUGAAGAACAAUCAAUACGAUUCAAAAACAUUCGCUUUCAUGUUAAAGGGAAUGAUGGAGAAAUUUGAAAAAGAAAUCAGAGAAUCUAAAUUUGCAGAGCUGAUGAAUAAACACUUUGCAGCAAGUUCUGUCCCUAAAGGAAUUAAUUGUCUCUCUUUGCGUUUGACCGAUGAAUAUUCGUCAAAUGCACAUGCGCGCAAACAAUUGCCGCGUCCGGAGUUACUACCUAUGCUGUCUGACAACUCUUACCGUCAUUUUAUUUUGUCAACCGAUAACAUCUUGGCUGCUUCAGUAGUUGUUGCCUCUACUGUUCAGUCAUCGCAGAAACCUGAGAAUAUAGUCUUCCAUGUCAUCACAGACAAAAAAACUUAUGCCGGUAUGCACUCGUGGUUUGCACUAAAUCCUCCCUCGCCUGCUAUAGUUGAAGUCAAAGGCAUUCACCAGUUCGACUGGUUAACGAGAGAAAAUGUUCCGGUACUUGAAGCCAUAGAAAGUCAAAAUGGUAUCAGAAAUUACUACCAUGGGAAUCAUAUCAUGGGAGCCAAUCUCACUGAUACUACUCCACGUAAAUUUGCAUCGAAAUUGCAGGCGAGAAGUCCAAAGUACAUAUCUUUACUCAACCAUAUCCGCAUAUACAUACCCGAGCUUUUCCCGAACCUUGACAAGGUGGUUUUCUUGGACGAUGAUGUUGUGGUUCAGCAUGAUUUGUCUCCACUUUGGGAAAUUGACAUGAAUGGAAAAGUUAAUGGAGCUGUGGAAACUUGUAAAGGUGAAGACGAAUGGGUAAUGUCUAAGCAUUUUAGGAACUACUUCAAUUUUUCCCAUCCCAUCAUUGCAAAGCAUUUGGAUCCCGACGAGUGUGCUUGGGCUUAUGGGAUGAAUGUCUUUGACCUUCAAACAUGGAGAAUGACAAAUAUUAGAGAAACUUAUCAUUCUUGGCUGAAAGAGAAUUUGAGGUCAAACAUGACUAUGUGGAAGCUUGGAACUCUACCACCAGCUUUGAUUGCAUUUAGAGGUCAUGUUCAUCCAAUUGACCCCUCUUGGCAUAUGCUUGGUUUAGGUUAUCAAUACAAAACCGAUGUUGAAAAUGUGAAAAUGGCUGCUGUUAUUCAUUACAAUGGCCAAUCAAAGCCUUGGUUAGAAAUCGGCUUCGAAAAUCUUAGACCAUUUUGGAACAAGUAUGUCAAUUAUUCAAAUGAUUUUGUUAGGAACUGUCAUAUCAUGGAAUCAUAGUCAUCCAAUGAGAAAGCACUAUGAUUUGAACAUCACAUCAGGGGAUACUACGAAACGGAGAGUAAAAAAAUUACAGGUUUCAUCUAAAUUUUUGCAGCUUGAGAUUUUCUUCGAGAUGAAUUUGGUUGAGAGGACACAAAGUGAAUCAGGACAUGGUGGAUGGAUUUUGAUGCCACCCCCUACCGUUUUCGAAUACACGGUGUAUGUCCUGACUUGGACCUGACGUUUCAGAGUCUUGUUGUUACAAACGCGUCCUCUAAUUUUGGUUGGUGAAAGGAUAUAUACUAUUAUUGGUGCAUCAAAGAUUCCUUAGUGAGAAUAAACUGAAUUCUCAAGACAAAAAGGGUCACACAUCACAUACAUGUGUCAUCAAUAUAUAGUUUGGUGUUGAGAACACAAGUGCUAGGACAGUUCAUUUUUUUUUUUUUAUAGUUUGUUAAAUUUUUGUUAGCAACAAUCUUUACCUUCACCCCUUUUUGAUUUGAUAUCAUGAUGAUGAUGAUGGUGGUGAAUUCUAGGGUUUAGUUCAUGAGAUUGCUUUGUUACAGGUCCAUUGGAUUAGGAAACUGUCUGUAGGAUAUAUAUAAUUUUAUAUUAUAGUUAUUUGUUGUGUAUGAUUAUACCAGACAUUGGAAAUGUGCAGAUAAUUAUUUUUUUCCAACACUUCA